AUUGUGACUUGUUUUACCCCCAGUUGUGGUGGCAGAAAACAAUUGGAGCCGAAAGGGUAAAAUGAGUCAAAAUGCUUACUUUGAGGUUCUUUUUAUCCAAAGCCACGAGUUUGGCUUUAUUCGAUAUUUUGUGCCAAGUUUAAGUGGCAUAAUGAACUUUUGUAGGAUUAUCUAAAUACAGGUACUCGGCUGUUUUUAUUCCAAUUCAUAUUGAUUAGAGGAAGGUGUAGUUUUGGCAUCAUUUCUGAGUGAUUGCUUUGUGUUUAUAAGUUAUAACAAUCCAUGAACAUUCAACUAUUUUAUCAGGCUUUGUGGCUCCAUUUCUGUCUCAAGUUUGCAUUCUAUUUACUUAAGGAUGUUUUUCAGCUUCUUCUUAUGAGAUGAAGAGGUGGGUUCAACAUAUAAGAUGGUGAGAUGAUAAGAUAUAAUCGGCCAAGAAUUCUGAAGGACCUUGUCGUUUGUCUUUGAUUUUAGUCAUUUGUUGAGCCAUCAAUGUCUGCAUUAAGAAUUCUAAAUAUUUCAAACCGAAUUGAGCCAACUGAUGGUUUAUUUUUCGAUUUUAUUGGAUCUGUAAUUCGAUCGCAACCAAAAGUGAACUCAAAAUUAUUAUUUCUAAACUGAAUUUAUCUGUUUGAUUUUUUUCAUACCCCUGGCAAUCUCAUUAUGUCACAACUAGUGUGCCGUCCAAAAAUUGCCUAAAUACUAUAAAGAUUAAUGCAUAUUGCGAUUGAACCCCUCAACUUUUAAUAAUUAUCUCGUGUAAUUCGUAUUGCGGUUUUAUCCCUUUAUAUAAUAAUCCGGGUUUCGUUUGUAGGUAACUUGUACCAUGUAAAUGAUAAACAAAGACUAACCUCAUUUGUCUUGGAUGCCAUCAGGUCAACUAGCUACAGCUUAUCUUGAUUCCUAGUAUUUUAUUUCUAAUAUCUAAGCAUCUUAUUUCUUACACAAAGGACGGGACAAUCCUGUAUUUUUAUUUUAAACAAGUAUCAAAUAUCUAAUAGUUAUAUCACUAUUACAAUAAAUUAAAACAUACAACUACCAAACAAAAACGUCACUCAAUUUUAUCUAUUCAACAUCUAAUCGGGAAUCGAAAUCGAUAGUCAGUUUGGUUCGAUAUUUUUCUGUAAGAUUAAAAUAUAUUUCAACCUGUUUGAACAAAAGCAAAACUACAAGAACUGAAAAUUGUAAAAGUCUUCAUGUUUUUUAAAUAUUAAUUAGAGUAUGAUCCUUUAUUUAUAUAAAAACUAUCUUCUUCAUACGUGUCUGCAAUAAAGUAUGAUGAUUGUGCAGUAGCAUGUGAAACAUCCGUUUGAAUAAAGUAAUAAUCUCUUAUCUAUAAUUACGGAUCUUGAGGGUCCACAAGUAGGGACUGUGUCUUAAAUAUGAGUUGUACUGUGCUGACUCAUUUCAUAUGUUAAUAAGACUUAGAUGAAUAGAUAUAUUCAUUCAUACAGUAGCUUCUGCCUUGUAUUACCCCUUAACUCCUCCCUCUUCAACACACAAGCCAGACCAGACAAUGGAUUUUCACUCAACUUCCAAGAAGAAGAAGACUAGAAUUGGAAACCAAUCGAUGCUGCUAUGUUGCAAGCUGUUUAUAUCAGAAUCGCGAAACCGAACAGCUCUGGACUCAAUUGAAAGAGCAGCCAGUGUUGAUCCUGAGACAGUGACAGUCACCAAAUUUGAGGACCGACACUAUAACAGGAUAAGGUACACUUUAGUGUCGUAUGUUGUUCUUGAUACUACAGGAACUCCCAUUUAUAGCCCUUUGCAUCAAACUGUCUUGGCUAUGGCUGGAGCAGCUUAUGCAGCCAUUAACCUCGAGUCCCACUGCGGUGCUUAUCCUCGGCUUGGUGUUGUGGAUGAAAUUCUUUUUCACCCUCUGGCUCGAGCUACCUUGGAUGAAGCAUCUUGGCUUGCUAAGUCUGUUGCAGCUGAUAUUGGCUCUAGAUUUCAAGUGCCGGUAUUUCUUUAUGCAGCAGCACACCCUACUUGCAAGCCUCUCGAUACCAUUAGGCGUGAGCUGGGUUACUACAGACCAAAUUUCUUGGGAAGUCAAUGGGCUGGAUGGAGCAUGUCUGAAAUUCUCCCAGAAAAGCCUGAUGAAGGUCCACAACAAGUGUCUCCGGCCAGAGGCAUAUCGAUGAUUGGAGCACGCCCAUGGGUGGCAUUAUACAAUGUGCCUGUAAUAUCAACUGAUGUCUCUGUGACUCGCCGUAUUGCAAGGAUGGUUAGUGCCCGUGGUGGCGGCCUCCCAACGGUACAAACAUUAGGCCUGGUUCACGGUGAGGAUUCCACUGAGAUAGCUUGUAUGCUGUUGGAGCCCAACCAGAUUGGAGCAGAUAAAGUUCAUAGCCGGAUCGAGAUGCUAGCAGCCGAAGAAGGGUUGGACGUAGAGAAGGGAUACUUCACUGAUUUUUCACCUGAAAUGAUUGUUGAAAAGUACAUGAAUCUUAUUUCUGCUACCAGAGACUGAUCAAACACAUUUACUUGUAUGUAUCAAGUUGCCAAGUUUUCAGCCAACAUUAGCAAUUGCUUGGCAACUAAGACAAUGUACCUAGAUAUAACAUUGACAUUUGCUAAUGAAUCAUUCAAUAAAACUGCUAAUUUGAAACUA